GGAUGACGCAGAUAGCUAGUGUGUUAAUGUUGGACAGUUGCUGUCUGUGGAGAGCAACGUCGCCCAGCAGCAGCAGCAGUAGCUCCCACUGAUGAUGGGAAGGGAAACACGGAUAGACCUGCAGUAGAGAUCCGGCGAAGAUGCCGCGGUCGUCGUGCGACAAACCGAGCCGUGUUUAGCCCGUGUCAGCUGCACCUGCCGUGGAUGCUUUUCUCGAUGGGUUGCGGAGGGAGUCGGGCCGACGCGAUCAUCGAGCCGAGGUACCAUGAGAGCUGGACCAGGGAAACGGAAUCGACGUGGCUUACCAAUACGGACGUAGAGACCUCUUUAACAGUAGCAAACAGUAAAGCUCUGGAGGCCAGUCUGAGGGAGAAGAGGAUGGUGAACACAGGCACCCAGUGUGGGAAGCAGGCCCUCACAUCCACUGGCUCCAACCACCAGAGGAGACCCAGACGCUCCCUCAGUGAUCAAACCACCCGUGACUCCAAAAGGAAGGCAUCAAAGGACGCCAGUGCUUUGUCUAAGGAUGGGCAGCCUGUCAAUAUCAACAACAGUGGAGACGCUGAACCUGGGAACGUGUGUGACGAAAGAUGAAGACAAACCGUGACUCUGUGAAGAGGAAGAUGGCCGGAGCUGUGGGCGGUUCACUGGAAGUUGGGACGGUGAUUUACAGAGAGUGUGUGGAUGAUGUUUGCUAGUGACUUUGCAAGAUCUUGGCUGUCAAUCUCAGUGAUUUUACAACAUAAGCACCUGCAUAUGUCUCCAUCCAAAGAUCUUGGGAUGCUGCAUCUUUGUUGUGCCAUUGCAAAUGCAUGUGUGAAGCAGAGAGUGGGUCACAAACGGUGUGCACGCUCUCCACCAUGCUUUUCUCCCAUGCUUGUGGUGCCGGUCAGGGAAUGUGUCACCAUGCUAAGCCAAUUUAAAAAAACAAAACAAGAACAGACCGCCCCAUAUGCACAUGAUAAUCACUAUCUGCACAUCAAAUGUUAUCUGUGUGGGGCCUUCUUAAAGAAUUUGCUUCAGUUCUUUGUGCAAGUAUAUUCCUUUUGUUGUGAAUGAAAAACAGUAGUGUGGGAACCAAUGACGAUACUGUUUAACCUCAGUCAAUGCUGUAAAUGAUUUUCAUUUAGAAGACCCUGAAGUGCUGUUUAGGAACUGAGAUUCGGAGGUUUGACGCUUGAAGGCUGAAGACUGUCUUUUCCAGCCUUUUGCAAGAUAAAGAAACAAAUACACCCGCAUGUGCCUACAAUUCAUCUUGAUCUGAACUGCUCCUGUUUUCCCUUUGAGAGUUAGUUUUUAUUAAACUUUGUUAAGUGUUAUGUGUUCUCCAAUCUUAAAUCUUCUUUUGUUAUAUAUGAUGUUACACUUGAUUAUGAUGUGUCAUUUGUGUGGCUUACACUGCUCUGCAUGUAUAAAUCAAUUCGGCAUCGACUCUGUCUCCAGCUGAACAUGAUCAAAAGCAAGCUGUCUGGAAUAAAGCAUUUUGCCUCUUUGGCACACAUGAAAAUAGAAAAACUGCACUAUGAAGUACAUCAAAGUGAGAUUUGUGGUCAGCAGAUGGCGUUGUUGACCAGCUGUGCUCUUACUAAUUGAAGACCUCAUGAGGAUUUGACAGCAACCACUUAAAGGAAACCAUUGAUUUAAGAGAAGAUGUUCAGUUCAGUUUCUGCAUGUGAUAACUGUUGUCAAGAGUUUUUGAUGAUUCACAGGGGUGAUGAUGGUGAAAUGUGUAAAGGCCAACUUUUGCGAUGAAAAACAUUUUAACACACAGGCUCUACCACAUUUUUCUUCUCUGAAUUAAAAUUGGUGUCACCUUA